AUGCUGCCCUGUGGAUGCGAGCACUUCUGCUGCGGCAUUUGCGAGCACGCGGCUCGCGCAGGGCGCCCGCGCCUCUUCACGCGCGAGAGCGCGGCGCAGUGGGACCCCCCGAACCUCACCGACUACCGUGGCGCUGACAAGCUCGAGGCCCGCAACGGCGACAGCGGCGAGCCAACAAUGUGGUUCUGGCAGAUGACAGGUACGCGCUGGCCGGCACACGACAAAAGGGAGAGCCGCACGACCUUUAACACGGCCACGAAGGCUUGGCGUCGCCUGACCGCCUCCCAGGAGGAGCGGUCAGCAGAGACUGCGGCUCGCUACGAUCGAGAAGAUGCCAGGCUGGAGCUGGAGGCAGCAGAGGAGCUGCGCGUGGUUGAGGAGGAGCAGCGCGUGCUCGAGGAGAAGUGCAAGCAGGAGGCGCGCGAGCAGCAGCAGCAGCAGCGACGGCGCCGGGCCGAGGAGGCGGCCUCGCGCGUGCACGCCGCACGCAAUCGUGUGCGCGAGCUGCCGAUGCGCCCACGUGAUGCGUCGCCGCGGAUCGCGCUGCUGGCCGCGCUGCGGGGCGUCACAGGGAACCGCCUGUGCGACUGGGCGUGGGUCGAAUCGGAUCCGAUCGGAUCGAGCCGCGUCCGUUAUUCGGUGAGGGACUCAUCGCCCCGGCUCGAGCUGCCUCUCGACGAGCCCGACGAGAUGAUGGCGCGGAUCGUUGCCGCGUCGGGCAGCGACGAGCGGCCGCCGUGGGCAGACUGGUGGCCGUCGCCGAGCGAACUGGUCGGCAAUCCGCUGCUGGCGGAGAGGGCUCGCGCCUGGAGCCUGGAGAGAGGGCGCUCGCCAGAGCCGGAGCCGCGCGCGACGACGUGGGCGCUGCAGCAGGUGAUCGCCGCGCGACGCGGGUGGGAUGGCACGUGGAGCGGCAUGCACGUGAGCGGCGGCGAGGAGACGGAGAGGAAUGCUUUCCGCUGGCGGCGUGACACGCUGCGGCUGCGCUUCAUCGAGUGCUGCCUGGCUCCCACCGCGCUGCCCGCACUGCUCGACGAGCCGGACUUGCCCGACUCGCUGUGGGAAGCGGAGCCGGGCUCGAUCAACGACGAGGAGCUGGCGAUGCUGGAGCGAUGGGAGCGGGUGGAUAUGCACAACGAGCUGCUGCGCGAGUACUCCUUCUGCUACAAGCUCUUCUUCACUGCAUCAGCAGCGGCGGCUGCGUCGUUGCCACCGCUCGCCCCGGGUGCGCAUGCGUGGGCGGCAUCAGUGCUGCGGCAGGCCGCGUGCGGAGAGCGCGAGCCGCUCAAGCUGGUGGGUGGCAAGUGGGCCUGCGACGUGCAUGUCUCGUCCAACUUGAAGCUCGCGCUCGAGCCGCUGCCGCCGCGGUUCACCUACCCGGUGGCGACGCUCCCCGCUGCGAUCGCCGCCAUCGGCGAGGCGUGCAACCGCAACCGGUGGAGCUCGUGGCCGCCGCGCAGCCACUGCGAGUCGGAGCUGCCGCCGGCGCCGUGCGUGCAGGAGCUCUCGCGCUACUUUCAGGGCUCGUUCACCGCGGCGAGUACCGGCAUCUGGGACAAGUCCAAGCUCUUCCCCGCCUCCUUCGACUUCCACGGCGGCUAUCCGCAGCGACAUCCCGCCCGUGCGGUGCCGACGCACCUGCCGCAGCCUGAGCACCGCACCGUCAGCCGCGUGAGCCUCAACCUCUCGGUGUUCCUGCGCACGCGAGGCUCGCACUGCCGUGCCGAUUGCGGCGAGAUCGUUGGCGGCUCGUUUGCCGACGAUAACUUCCCUUCUACGCACCCACCAUACCCACCAAUCGAGCCGCGCUACCACUCGAAAGAUGAGAUGCAGCGCUUCUACUCGGCGGCGUUGCGCGGCAUGCAGUGUGAUUGCCAAGGGAGACUCGCGACGCCCGACGAUCCCGGAGCAUACGCGCGUCAUUCUUUCCGUGCGAGAGCCGCGCGAGUGCCGCCCGAGCCGCGCCCUCCUCUGCGCCGCUGCUCGCUCGAGUGCUGCCGGUGCGACGACGUGCAGCAUGAGCUGCCUCCAGCGAGCGCAGAUGCUGGAGUGGCUGCGGUUGCCAACUACAUUGCUGCGCGGAGAGCGGAGCUGCAGAGACGAAAAGCAGAGAUCGCCGAGGAGAAGCGGAAGCAGGAGCAGGACCAGAAGCGGAAGCAGGCUGCGGCGGAUGCGCGGAAGCGAAAGCGCGAGCGCGAGGACGAGCUGAUUCGGCUACAGCUCGAAGAGAGGCACGAGCGGCUGCGAGAGAAAGAGCGAGCGAGGCUGCGCGCGAGAUACGGAGAUGCAUGGAGCGAGGGCGCUCCCGAGGUGCCCUGUGCUGUCGCUCUGUCCGUGGAGAGGGAGGGGGAGGGCUCUAUCGAAGGGCGUAGCUGCGGACCGAGUUCCGGGCCCGCAGAGGAGCCUUGCUCGGAGGGGCCUCUCUACGCUCUCGGCCUCCCUCCUGGGUUUGACGACAGCGUGGUGCCUAGUGCUUGCUGA